AUGGCAGAGAUAAAGCGGAAGACCGUUGCAAAACGGGAUGGAAAUCGAAAAGAAGAAGGCUGUGUGGUCGCACAGUCAGUAUAUCAGAAGUCCGAGAAGAAAGUGGUUCCGCAAAGCAGCUGGUCAGGUGAGGUGCUGAAGGCGGUUCUUGACCGUUUCGAGAGAAUGCCGAAAGGGGGAUGGCCCUUGUAUCGCUCCCUGUAUUGCGAGAGGUUUGUGUGCAUAAUUGGCCUUGAAGAACUAAAGAAAAAAGCGAAUGCUGCAAUCAUCAGUAUUGCAUGA